CGCGAGCGCCUCGUGAAGCGGACUCAAGUUUUGUGGAGAGCGGCGGCGCGCGGAGCGGAGACACACUCACUGCGCGCGGCGCGCAUGGACAUGUGGACGCGCGCGAGGCUGUGCCGCGCGGACCGGAGGAGCAGAUAAGCUCCUGAACAUGUGAACAUAACGGGAGUAAACACCACAGCGCGCGAGGAGCGAUGAUGAUGAUGAUGAUGAUGAUGAUGAUGAUGGUGAGGAGGAGGAGGAGGCUGCUGCUGCACUGGCUGCUGCUCGCCGCCGUGGCCGUGGGGAUGGGAGCCUCGCAGGCAGUCUGUCCUGGCACUGAUAACAAGCUCAGCACCCUGUCGGACCUGGACCAGCAGUACCACACUCUGCGCAAGUUCUACGAGAACUGUGAGGUGGUCAUGGGCAACUUGGAGAUCACCAGCAUCGAGCGCAACCGCAACCUCAACUUCCUUAAGUCGAUCCGGGAGGUGACGGGUUAUGUUCUGGUGGCGCUGAACCAGUUCGACUACCUGCCUCUGGAGAACCUGCGAAUCAUCCGUGGCACCAAACUGUACGAAGGCCGCUACGCUCUGGCCAUCUUCCUCAACUACAGGCGGGACGGCUACUUCGGCCUCCGGCAGCUGGGCCUCAAGAACCUCACUGAAAUCUUGAAUGGUGGGGUGUACGUGGAUCAGAAUAAGUUCCUGUGCCAUGCAGACACCAUCCACUGGCAGGACAUCGUGAAGAACCCUCGAGCUGAACUACUGGUGGUGCCGUCCAACAACAGCGGCAGUUCAUGCAGGCGAUGUCAUCGAUCCUGUAAUGGACGCUGCUGGGGUCACCAAGAAGACCAGUGCCAGACCUUGACGAAGACAGUCUGUGCUGAGCAGUGUGACGGCCGCUGUUUCGGUCCCUACGUCAGCGACUGCUGCCACCGAGAGUGCGCUGGAGGCUGUUCCGGACCCAAAGACACCGACUGCUUUGCUUGUACCAACUUCAACGACAGUGGGGCUUGUGUGACGCAGUGUCCCCAACCUUUUGUCUACAACCCAACGACCUUCCAGCUGGAGCACAAUCCCAAAGCCAAAUACACCUAUGGAGCAUUCUGCGUCAAGAAAUGCCCACAUAACUUUGUGGUGGACCACAGCUCCUGUGUGCGAGCCUGCCCAAGCAACAAGAUGGAGGUGGAGGAGAACCGCAUCAAAAUGUGCAUCCCGUGCACUGACAUCUGCCCAAAAGUGUGCGAUGGCAUCGGCACAGGCAGUUUACAGAUGGCCCAGACGGUGGACUCCAGCAACAUUGACAAGUUUGUCAACUGCACCAAGAUCAAUGGCAACCUGAUCUUCCUCAUCACUGGGAUUAAAGGAGACAUGUACCAUGGCAUCGGAGCUUUGGACCCAGAGAGGCUCAACGUGUUCCGCACUGUCAAAGAGAUCACAGGUUUCCUAAACAUCCAGUCAUGGCCAGAGAACAUGACGGACCUUGGCGUUUUCUCCAACCUUGCUACAAUUGGAGGAAGAUCCCUUUACAGUGGGAUCUCUCUGCUGAUCCUGAAGCAGCGCUGGAUCACCUCCCUCCAGUUCCAGUCCCUGCAGGAGAUCAGCGCAGGAAAUGUCUACAUCACCAACAACAGCCAGCUGUGCUACUACAACACCGUCAACUGGACCGGUCUGUUCCGCACCAGUGGUCAGAGAGCCCUUAUCAAGAGCAACAAGGACCCACGAGAAUGCACUCAUGAGCGGAUGGUGUGUGAUAAGCUGUGUUCAGAAGCUGGAUGUUGGGGUCCCGGUCCGGAUCAGUGUCUGUCCUGCAGGUUCUACAGUCGAGGCAGAACCUGCGUGAAGUCCUGCAGCCUCUACAGUGGGGAGGUUCGUGAGUUCGUUAAUGGCUCAGUGUGUGUGGAGUGUGACAGCCAGUGUGAGAGAGCCGGAGAUAAAACCCUGACCUGCCACGGCCCAGGUCCAGAUCACUGUACGAAGUGUCUUCAUCUGAAAGAUGGUCCUAACUGUGUGGAGAAAUGUCCUGAUGGGCUGCAGGGAGCCAACAGCUUCAUCUUCAAAUACGCUGAAAGCAACAACGAGUGCCAUCCCUGCCACCCCAACUGCACCCAGGGGUGCACUGGACCUCGCAUCCAGGACUGCAUUGGAAUGCUGGACAGGACUCCGCUGAUUGCGGCUGGAGUGAUCGGGGGGAUGUUUGUGGCCGUCAUCGUGGCUCUCGGCUUCGCCAUUUAUGUUCGACGCAAGAGCAUUAAGAAGAAGAGAGCUCUGCGCCGCUUCCUGGAAACAGAGUUGGUGGAGCCUCUAACACCCAGUGGAACAGCACCAAAUCAAGCUCAGCUACGAAUACUGAAGGAGACGGAACUAAAGAGGGUGAAGAUCCUGGGCACUGGAGCUUUUGGAACCGUCUAUAAGGGUAUUUGGGUUCCAGAGGGAGAGAGCGUGAAGAUUCCAGUGGCCAUCAAGAUCCUCAAUGAAACUACAGGACCAAAAGCCAAUGUGGAGUUUAUGGAUGAGGCACUCAUUAUGGCCAGCAUGGAGCAUCCCCACCUGGUGCGUUUGCUGGGAGUGUGCCUGAGCCCGACCAUCCAGCUGGUGACCCAGCUCAUGCCCCACGGCUGCCUGCUGGACUACGUUCACGAACACAAAGACAACAUCGGCUCCCAGCUGCUGCUCAACUGGUGUGUGCAGAUCGCAAAGGGGAUGAUGUACUUGGAGGAGAGGAGACUGGUCCAUCGGGACUUGGCUGCCCGCAAUGUAUUGGUGAAAUCUCCCAACCACAUCAAGAUCACUGACUUUGGGCUGGCUCGCCUGCUGGACGCUGAUGAGAAGGAGUACAAUGCAGAUGGAGGCAAGAUGCCCAUUAAGUGGAUGGCCCUGGAGUGCAUUCACUAUAGAAAGUUUACACACCAGAGUGAUGUCUGGAGUUACGGAGUGACCAUCUGGGAGUUGAUGACAUUUGGAGGAAAGCCAUACGAUGGAAUUCCCACCCGAGAAAUUCCGGACAUCCUGGAGAAAGGAGAACGUCUGCCUCAACCCCCAAUAUGUACCAUAGACGUCUACAUGGUUAUGGUCAAAUGUUGGAUGAUCGAUGCUGACAGUAGGCCCAGGUUUAAAGAGCUCGCUGCCGAAUUCAGCAGGAUGGCCAGAGACCCUCAGAGGUACCUCGUCAUCCAGGGGGACGACUGCAUGAAGCUGCCCAGUCCAAACCACAGUAAAUUCUUCCAGAGUCUUCUGGAUGAGGAUGACCUAGGAGACCUGAUGGAUGCUGAGGAGUACCUGGUACCUCAAAGCGUUAAUGCCUCUGCUUCCUCUUAUCCACCCAGACUUCAUCUGGACUCCAAUCGGAAUCAGUGCGGAUACCGUGAUGGAGCUAUUCCACCUGAAGAGAUAGCGGGGGCUGCCGUCUCCUCUGGCAGUCCAUCCAACCCAGCGAGGACCCAGCGGAUGCCACUCGACUCCCAGGAGGAAAAGCACUGCAACGGAAGCCUGAAGAAACAGACCGGCCCUGGCCUUGUGGAGGACAGCUGUGGCCAGCGCUACAGCGCUGACCCUACUGUCUUCCUGGGACAGAUAACACAGAGGGGGGGCACUGAUGAGGAUGGAUAUGUGGCCCCCCGGAAGGACAAAAGUUCCUUAGAGCACCUGAAUCCCAUUGAAGAGAAUCCUUUCGUCACACGCCGAAAAAACCGAGAGAUUCACGCACUGGACAACCCGGGGUACCAUAUCACCCCUGAUGGGCAGCCCAAUGUUGAGGAUGAGUACAUCAAUGAGCCUCUAUACCACAACACAGGUGAGAAGAGCCAGGAGACCCUGAAGAAGAAUGGAAUUCCUGUUCCUAUGCUGUCGUUAACAGCAACCAACACUACAAAUAGCCAUGCACUCCUCACCACCCAAACAGGUAGACCCCAUCACCACAGCCAAGGAGCACAUGUUCAUUUUGCAAUUCCACCUGUUCAACCCCCUCAAAGUGGACCAAUGAGUCAGAAUGGCCACCAUGCCCAUUCAGUCAAGGGACUCUCUACUGAUCACCCCAGCAAGUCUGGGCAUCCUUCGGCAACAGGCCAAAUAUGCCAUAUCAGCCACCAAGUCCAGCCUGGUUACACUGGUCCGGGUAGUCUCUCAGACCAGCAGGCUCAAAUGGCAAAGUCUGCAGCCACUGCUAAGAGUAGCAUCACUGGCCUCCCGGGCCAUGUUGCCCACCAAAGCAGCAUGCCCCAAGCAAGUCACACUGGAACAAUUAUGGUGGACAAGACGUACAAGAACACCUUUGACAAUCCAGAGUACUGGCACCACAGCCUUCCAUCCAAGGUUGCACAGCAUCCACAAGAUCCUUCUCUGAUCUGCAGUAACAAUUUCCUCUACAAGCAGAACAGCCGUGUGCGGUCUGGUAUUGCAGAAAAUCCAGAGUACCUGUCGGAAUCCGGCAUGAAGCCAGGCACCGUUCUGCCUCCACCACCGUAUCGGCAGAGGAAUACUGUAGUGUAAUUGCCCAAAUCACUCAUAUUCCAGAGAGCCUGGUUCCCCUACCAGCACCUUAAACAUGUUUUCUUCUUCCUCAGCAGUUCCUGCAAAGUUUAUACCCUAAACUUGCCAUUUCUUGUCUUGUGCCAUAGUAGAUGCUCCUGAGGAAGGAAAUAUAAGACUUAACAGGGAAAGUAGGUCAGUCCAACCAAACCUCAUCCCAGAAUAUUUUCCCAAGUGAGCCAGAGAGCAAAGUGUACCUUCCUGCCAUUUGUACCUCUCCUUCUUCAUCCUGUCUGGAACCUAAGGUAACUCUAAAAUAUUGUGAAGGUGAUGACAUUGGAGAGCUCACCAUUUUAUAGUGUACUUUCAGAUGACUACAUUUGUCUGGCUAAGAAAAUAAACACAUCAUCAUUAUAUUUGAUUUUCUCCUGGCUUGGCUUGGAGAUUUCGCGCCAAGUCCCAUGGAUUGAUAACUACACUGGAACAAUCUGUAACAUAUUUUUUAUUCCAGAUUCUGUACAAAGCAAGUACUUCAAUUUUGCAGACACUAAAAUGAGGCGGUAAAGUAAACAAGUCUAUUGGGUCGUUUGAAAGAAUGCAUUCCUUUAGUACCUUCAUAUUUUUCUAUAUUACGUGGCCCACCAUCAUCAAUCCAAACAAAUGGCAGCAGUAAAUUCCACUGUGGAAACAGCUAUAAUGCUAGAGUUUAAGAUUGCUGAGAGGCUUGCUGGCUGAAACCUUCAAGACAAAUGAAACCUAUAAUGUAAUAUUUAAAAUUGAAGGUGUUGUGGGAAAAAUUUGUACAUUCAAAUCAAAACAUUAGAAGAUUAAUCAGUGAGCAAGUUGAGAGUAACGAUGGAAACAUUGAGAGAUGCUCAAAUGUGGAUCUGUGUUUUGUGGGUAAAGUUUAGACUUGAAGAUACUGUAACACUUCGCUUGUGAACCUUGUAUACAUAAUACAACAUGCAUUUAUUACAUGAUACCUGGCCUAUAUAAUGCCUUAUAAUGAACAGCAUAAGGCAUUACAACCAAUAAUAUAAUGUGUAACAGGAAUAUAAGGCCUUAAAGAUAUGUAUAAUGUAUUGCACAUGUAAAUGUAAUUAUCUAUGUUUACUUACAAUGGCUUAUGACAUACAUUAUAAGGCACUGUGGAAGCCAUAUAACAUUUACAUUAGUGAUGUAUUAUAUAUAGAGGAUUCGCAGGAACUGUUACCAAAGACAACUCAGGAUAGUGGUCUGUUCCUAUGGGAUACAACUGAUUAUAUUUUAGCUAACUUAACUUAUUCUGAAAGAAAACUCUUUGAACAUGAAGAGAUCUGUGCUUAAGACCACUAGUGCGUAUUAAACUGAAGAUGUGGAGUCUACAACCGUCUUUAGUCUUACAGUGUAGGUUUAAGAAUCUAUCAUCUAUGGUAGAACCAAGAUUCCUCAAAGAGGUCACAGGAUCAUUAAGAAGCUGAAGGCUCUUUGAGUCAUUGAUGGAUGUCUAAAUCUCAGGGGAAGAGGCUGAAUUAGAGCAGAGCUGUUUGAACCAGAAGCACAAAGAACUAAGAUGGUGUGAUGGUGCCGUGGCAGGAAUGGGGCAGGUACUAAAAAACAUAUACUUAUUUGUUUUACAUAGCAGACCAACAGUACUUUUGCAUUUCUUUGUGCUUAACUCAUCGAAAUAUUUCUUCAUCAAGGUAGAUUUCAGGAUUUAAACUUCAUUGUGGAUACUAUGUCCAUUUUCCAGUCUCCUGACUUGUCUGAAGAUGUAAGCAUGGGUUUACAGCUAGAAAUGACCAGUAACCUCUUCUUCUGGAACAUAAACUAUUUAACUGCCAAAUGAAGCUUUAUGGUCAAAUAUGUUUAACUCCAUCAUCAUCUGCAUAUGACAGUUUUUGUCGAAGACAGUUGAGGUAGAUUACCUCCAUGUGCUGUUCCUAGAUGACAUAUACUGUGUAUGAUUAAGUCUACAUAGCAAGUUCUUGAGGUCAUAAUCAUGAUUGAAUCAUUUGAUAAGUUGAUAAGGUAUAAGAAAGUUUCCUCAAUUAUGUUUGCCUAAUCGAGUUGUACCCUGGGAACUGAUACAUAGGGGCUCUGCAGGGAGGCAAAUUUUAGGCAAACUGUCAUGGGCCGCAUGACUGGUUUUAAAGAGAUAAUCGUUUAAGUAAUAAUUCUCAACACUUACAAUGUUGUCUAUAAGUAACUGGACAAUCUCAAGACUUUGUUGUUUUGGCUCCAUACAUUGGAUUUGAAACAAGGUCCAAAUGCAGAAUGUUGACUUGAAAUUGAAGGUACUCUAUUAACUAUUUCAGACGAAUCAUCUAGGAGUCACAGCUUUUUAUACACAAACCCCAAUUUCAGGGAAACAUGUUUUGGACAAAUUUUAGUACAAAAGGCCUGAAGCCUGUGAACCACAUUCUCCAUCAGAUGCUGGGUGUGUUAUGGAGCCUUCUCAGUUCUCGUUUUUAGGACUUUUUGUCAUCGGUCUUGAUUCAUUUAUUUGCGUAUUAGUGGGGUUCUGGUCAGGUGAUCUACUUGGCUCUGCUAGCUAAUCUCUUCAUUAUCAUGCUGUACAAAGCACCAUCAACUGAGCUCUGAGCUUUUCUCUUUUUUUGGGCAGGAUCUGAGCAAUAAUGAUGCAGUGACUUACAGCAGGCCAGGCAUUGCAGUUGCUAUGUGAUAAAUCUUUUUCCUCUUCAUCUUUUUCAAUCGAGUGUUUAAUAACUAAGCAAUUACCCAGUUCAUUAAAGAUUGCAUCUGCUUUUUCAGCUGUAGAAAUCGGAUGCUCAUGAUUACUUUUUGUUGUUCUCCACAUGAAAGAAGUAACUCAUUAUCUGCACUGAACACACCUAGAUGUUACAUAUAUCAGCAAUUUGGAUGUAAAUAAAUUCUAUUUAUUUAUUCAAUGUAAUAUUGGGAAAAAGAAAUUGCAUGUGCAAAAGUUUGGACACACGUUCCGUUGAUCCACUAGGCUUUUCUUAAGGUAUUAACAUAUUAGAUUUCAGUCCAAGUCAGGUGUCUACAAUUCCAGAUCAUAAUAAAUGAUGUGAUUAGACUAUAAAAUAUAUGUAAACAUGUCCUGCUUACAGUUUUCAAUGGAAGUUAAAGAGACCUGUGAAGUUGAUUUGUAAAACUCACAACUUCUCUGAUAAAACUGCUCAUAGACUUGUCAGGUGUGCAAAGUAAAACCCCCACAUCACAAAGAUUUGGCUGGGACAGGAACAUCAUCUAUAUUAAAGGAUAAUGAGAGGGAAACUGUAAUCUCAUCACAAAGUCAGCCUUAGAAAUAUGCACCACUACAGUUAGGUAAGCCAGAGGCAUCAUUGAAACAGGUGGUGAUGUUUGGAGAAAAGAAAUAAGAACAGCAUUCGAUGAAGGGAACACCUUGUUAACUGUUGGUGUUGGACAUGUUAUAUUUCAGGGGUGCGGCAGCCCCCGUGACACAUGAAAUGUUCUGGGGAUAAAGAGGAGAAAGAAUUCUACUAAAUAUUAACAAAUCUUGGAGCCUAAUGUCCCUCAGUCAGUGAUAAAGCUGAAGAAAAAAAGAGGUUGGAAAUGACAACAAAACAAUGAUCCCAGAAAUGCAUUAAAAUCCACCUUGAACUGCUUUAACAAUGAAAAGAUAAAGGUUUGGGAAUUGGUACCAUCAGCAACCUUGAAAAUGAUCAAAAUUUGCAGGUAGAUCUCAAACAUGAUGCACAUGGAAUAUGACCAAGUGAUGUGAAAGUAAAAAAUCGAUCAACAAAUGAAGAAUAGAAAGACUUAGUUGGCUACAAAGAACAUUUCCUGCAAAGUCAAUGAAGUGUAUUAUUAAGUGUCUUAAUAAGUAUUGACUGGAAAUGGUGCCAAAACUUUGCCCAUUUCAUUUUUUUUUCCAAAAUAUUACAUUUUGCAAAGAAAUAUUCCAAUUAUAUGUCUAAAAACGGCUGUGAUUUCUUCAUGCUUCUCUUGAUGUGGAAGAUGUGGACGUUUUUAACUGAUGAUGUAUUUCUGAGCCAAAACAACAAAACCUGUGUCCUGGUCCAUCUUAUUUAUGGCCUGUGCUGGCCAUCUGCACCACACCUACUGCAUAUAUCUCUGUAAAUGAAACAUUUUUAAAUGGAGAAAGCACUGGGUUUUGCACACACUACUGUAAAAUAUAACCAAGUGAUGAAAUACCUGGACUAUUUUUUGCGAGAAAUGUGAGAGACACCUGAGCCAACAAAGCAAGGGCAUUGGUCACAGGCCCGAGGAACGGCCAAUCCUCCAAGAAUCACCUGUGGAUAUUAUUUAAAAAAAGAAAUGUGAAUAGUAUUUUUAUAGAGAACCGAGCGGCAUUUACAAGGCGGAUUUGUAAAUACAGUGAACCUCUUUCCUCUGGAUUUUUAAUAUCGUUUCACAUUUUCUCUCUCUGUGUUGUCCAUUUCUGUUUAACAUGCGCUGUCUGUAGUAGUGGUCUGGCACAGUGUCAGUUACUAUGUGUACUAUUUGAUUGUGAUCUUUGCACAGUACAGUUGCCCAUGUUCAGAUUAACGUUCAUGAAGGACUGAUUUACGGUAAUAUUCUGUAAACCAGGGAGAUCUAAGCAUGAAUAUGUAUGCAGUAAUGAAGUUGGUCCUAAUUUUCUAAUUUCCAAAUGGGCUUAAAAUCAAAUUUUAUAUCGGUUCUACUUUCUUUUUCAAGUUUUUCUGCCUCUGCCUUUAUAGUUAUUGGUAGUAUCUUUGAUUUUUGAUAUCACUUUUGUUUUUAUUUCUUAUUAUGCUGCAUGUUUAUGCAUAUAAUUCCCUUAAUUUGUAAAUUUAUUAUUUACCUUUGAGUUUUUGGUUUUGUACCAUAGCUGAUAUUAUUAACAAGCUAGCUCCCCAGUAGUAUGUACACACACACACACACACACUGUAAUAAAUGAAAUAAAUCAAACAAUGCAAAGCAAAAUUUAGUUUAGAUGAACAAAAACACUGCAAAUCAACGUAUGCCCAUUUAAAAUUUUACAGUGUUCUAAAUAAUAUUGAAAUUGGCUACAAUCUAGAAACCUAAUUUUUCAAAAAUUCUCUUAAACACUUAAAUAUUUAAACUAUAAACAAAAAAAACUGGUUUGAUUGGAGAUGCUCCGUUCUAAAGAAAGUCAGAAUUACAUAGUUUGACAUAGGAACCAGACAUCUCAUGCCUCUAAAAGCUAAGCAAGCUAAGCUAAACUUAAACUUAAAGAUACUGUUUAAUGAUCGUUUUGAGAGAAGUUUUUGACCUAAAAUGUACUUCUGAAAUACCUUCACGGUUGAGGGGUACAUGCAGGACGUUGCAUGGAAAAUAGUACCCAAGAGAACUUCUAGACAUCACAACUCCUGGCUCUGUUCCUAUCACCACUGUAAAGAAAUCAGAGUCGAAGCUUCCCUAGGAAGGAGCUUUUAACAGCAAACCACAACUUUCUUUACAUCGUUAUGAAAAAGCCAUAGAAUUUUAAGACGAUCUUGGUGAAAAACGUUUGUUGGCACAGCCACCCUCAAAGGAGGAACCCAGUGUAGAUCAGGCCCGGGAUUUUACGGGAAGUUAAAUGCAAAAUACUGCUGAGCAGGAAACGUGGAAUCUGAACAGGUAUCUAAAGGUUAGAACGAGCACAUUCAGUCUUAAAGGGUUCCAACUGUCGCUGUAGGUGUUGAUCUAACAUUGGCGAUUGUACUGGGCAGAUUUGAACGUUAACGUCCGCAGUGCCGUCACGUUCCCCUCCUACCCUUCGUGCAGUUCGUAUUGAGCUUCGCUCUGUGGAUUAACGCCUUCUUUUCUUGCUGCUUUGACUAGUUGCUGUGGCUACUUCCCUUUGUUCACCUCCCCUAAUGCCCAUCCUUUAUCUUUCUCUUUGUUCUACGAUGUAAAUAUGCGUGUAGACGACCUACUGCAAGAUGCAAGACCUUCUGAAAAACUACAUACUGCUGCCCCACUUUCUGUGUCGUACUUCACCAUUUCAAUUUUUGAACCCCCUCACCCAAUGAUGACGUGUGACAGAGUGCAUUUACCUUACUAUUUACUAAAACCACUUUGUACGUGUUUAUUUCACUUAUAAAUUAACCUUAACAGGACAUACCUACCCUAAUUGGAACCUACUGUACUUUGGAAAUUCCUGCGUUGAGAUGUUUAUGCAGUACACCCAAGUUGAAUUUCAGAUGAAACCUGUGUAUAAUGUGAAAAAUGUGUGACGUCUAUGCUUAAACAAGAUUUUUUCUUGGAACGAUUUAUGGACUUUUAUGUUUAUUAGUUGUUUUUUUUUUCCAUUUCAUGAUGAUCAAGUUUUUAUUUUGUCCUGAACAGUGGCCAUCCGUUCCCUCUGAACUUUACAGCAUAUAGAACCUGAGGCUUUAUAUCUAUCACUGGAAUACUUUCCUUGCAUUUGUUACAUGACCCUGUCAAAAAAUAUAUAUUUUUAAUUUAAUACAAAUAAAGAUCAAGUGAAUAUUUGAA